GGCCUGUCCAUUGGCCUGAGCUUCCUGCAUUUCCAUAAACAGGAGAUCCCCAUCCAGGACCUUGUAUAUAUGGAUCCCAGGUUGGUUUCUUCCCACUCCCGCUGGCGACUCCUGCGUCUGCUCGUCUUUCGUCUCGUCGUAGGUUGUGAAGCAAAGAAAAAAACAACAUGUCUGAAAAAAAGAUGACUUCCAGCCGCAGGCAUCAUCUGAAGAGUUUGAUGCUGCAGAUCGCUGCCGGGUGGCUUGAGAAGGAGAAAGGUGAACUUGUGGUGGCUAAGGAGGCAUACAUGGCCGAGCACUGCUCCGCGCCGGACCUCAGCGGAGACCAGAGCGCCCUCAUGGAAACCUGCAAAAAGCUGCACGCGCUCAUCGACAAGGUGGACGAGGAGCGCUACGACCUGGAGAGCAAAGUGGGCAAAGCCGAUAAAGAGAUCGACGACCUGAAGAUGAAGGUCGUGGACCUGGCCGGGGUGAAGAAGCCGGCGCUGAAGAAGGUGCGCAUGUCGGCCGACGCCAUGCUGAAGGCGCUGCUGGGCACCAAGCACACGGUGAACCUGGACCUGAGGGCCAACCUGAAGCAGGUCAAGAAGGAGGUGAAGGAGGAGCCUGCAGAGGCCGUGGGCGACUGGCGCAAGAACAUCGAGGACAAGGUGGACAGGAAGAAGAUGUUCGAGGCCGCCUAGACGACCCGACGCUGCUCUGGAGCACGUUUUACUGCAUUUCUGGAACUUUUCAUUGCAUUUUAAAACCGUCUGUUUCAUUAAAUGUGUCACAUUCUG